UUGCAAUAGUAAAAAGAUAAAGAAAAACUUAAUAAAAGGAAAAGCCAUUACUCUGAAAUUAAACUUUCUAAAACGUCAAGAUUCAUCUCUCUAGUCUUCACGCGGAUUCCCACCACCAAAUAUUAAAACCCAUCCAACAUUUCAACAAAUUCACUCAAAAUUAUUCAAUCAAUUUCAAACCUCACAAAAUGGCAUCAGCAGCGAUCUUCUCAUCUCUACGCCGGAGCCGUUCACCGUCGUUAGACGCCUUCUUAGCACCGGUACAUCUCGAAAACGACGUCGUAGGGUUAUUAAAAACCCUAUCCACCGUCGCAUCGGAUAUUAUCAAUUCAUUCUCCGACAAAACGCCGUCGUUUCAGAAGAGAAAUACCAGAUCUUUACUCCGGAAAGUUGACUUAUUCGUCGUGUUACUAGAUUCCGUUCGUAAUUCCGGCGAGUCGGGGUCAAACUUACCGUCAACGGUGGUCUUAUGCUUUAAGGAGUUGUACCUUCUGCUUUACCGAUCCAAAAUUCUUCUUGAUUACUGCACAUAUUCUAGUAAGUUAUGGCUGUUGCUUCAAAACCCUUCAAUUUCCGGUCAUUUUCAUGAUCUGAAUCAAGAAAUUUCCACCCUUUUAGAUGUUCUUCCGAUGCAUGAAUUCAACUGUUUGAUUAAUAACGAUGUUAGAGAACAAAUAGAUCUACUUCAAAAGCAAUCCGUUAGAGAUAAAUUGUUUAUUGACCCACAUGAUGAAAUGUUACGAUUGAAAUUCUUUAGGUUACUGAACGAAAUUGGGGACGAAAAGAUUCCAACUUUCGAAGAAUUUCAUGAAUUUUUUGUAACAGAAUUGGGGGUUUUUGAUUCUAGGGCUUGUAGGGUUGAAAUUGAGUUUUUGGAAGAACAAAUUGUCAACCAUGAGAGUGAUCUGGAGCCGUCUGCGUCUGUUCUUGGUGGGUUUAUUGCUAUGAUUAGGUAUUGUAGGUUUUUGUUGUUUGGAUUUGAAGAAGAUGAAGUGGAGAUUGCAAUGGGGAAAAGGGUUAAAAGAGGCAAGAAGAGAGGGUUGAUUAGUAAGGAGAUUGCGGAUACGUUUAUAACGAUUCCGAAGGACUUUUGUUGCCCGAUUUCGUUGGAUUUGAUGAUGGAUCCGGUGAUUAUAUCGACCGGGCAGACGUUUGAUCGAGGGUCGAUUUCUAGAUGGAUUGAAGAAGGGCAUAGUACUUGCCCGAAGACCGGGCAGGCUCUUGUGCAUAAGAAGCUUGUGCCGAAUCGUGCACUUAGGAAUUUGAUUGUGCAGUGGUGUAUGGCUCAUAAGAUCCCUUAUACUCCGCCGGAAAACUUGGGUCUUGGGUCUGAGUCGUUUCCAGCUGCUCCCGCGAGUCGGGCAGCGGUUGAAGCGAAUAAAGCGACUGUUCGGCUUCUGAUUCAACAACUGGAAAACGGGUCGGAUUGCGGUAAGGCGAUCGCAGCUCGUGAAAUCCGUUUCUUGGCGAAAACCGGGAGGGAAAACCGGGGUUUUAUAGCGGAAUCGGGUGUGAUUCCUCAUUUGAAGAUUUUACUCUCUUCGCAAAGUCCAACUGCCCAGGAGAACGCGGUAACUGCAAUCUUGAAUCUUUCGAUUUAUGACAAGAAUAAAACGCGUAUCAUGGAGGAAGACGGGUGUUUGAGAUCAAUCGUGAGUGUGUUAAAAUCCGGGCAUACAAUUGAAUCAAAAGAAAACGCAGCUGCUACGUUGUUCAGUCUUUCCGCAGUUCACGAUUACAAGAAGCAAAUCGCUGAUGAAGAAGGCGCGUUAUCAACACUAGCCGGUUUACUAAGAGACGGUACACCGAGAGGGAAAAAAGACGCGGUUACAGCUUUAUUCAACCUAUCCACCCACACAGCCAACUGCGAGAAAAUGAUCGAAUACGGGGUUGUUAAAGCUUUAAUAGAGGCCUUGGAAAACGAAACGGUAGCAGAAGAAGCCGCUGGCGCGUUGGCAUUGAUAGUACGUCAACCAGUCGGCGCAGAGGCGGUUGGGAACGAGGAAAAGGCGGUGAUUGGUCUGAUUGGAAUGAUGAGGUGUGGGACGCCUAGAGGCAAAGAAAACGCAGUGGCGGCAUUACUCGAACUUUGUCGGAGGGGUGGGGCCGACACCACCGAACGCGUCUUAAAAGCUCCAGCAUUGGCGGGUUUGAUCCAAAGUUUGUUAUUUACGGGUACUAAACGCGCUAGGCGAAAGGCGGCGUCACUCGCGCGUGUUUUCCAACGUUGUCAUUAUGAUUCGUUGCAUUACAACGGGUUACGGUUAGGGUUGGGUUAUGGUUUUGCCGGAAACUCUACCACCACCGGAAACCUGGAUUCCAGUUUUCCGGCCGAGGCGGUUUCGGUGUCCAUGUCUAUGUCUGUUUCUGUUUCAUAGUAUGGCUAUAUGGUCAUCUAAAGGAUCAUCGGAAUAUUCAUUCUUGUUUUAUUACUUUACUUACUAUAUAUGAUAAUGUAAUUUAUAAUCUAAAAAAUUCGUUUAUUUAACAUUGCUUAUCCGGUUACUUGUACGUUUAUGCAUUAAAUGUUGUACCAAACAGUUCUUAUCG